UCUUUUUUUUUUUAAGUAGUGCUUCAUUGUCAUAGUCACCACUAAGAUGGUAAAGGGCUGGCACACAUGCUGUACUGGAGGAGGCUGACAGAGCUGAAUUUGUUCAGCUGGGUCAGGAGAUGGCUUGUCCCUAGUUGCAGUUGUCAACUACACAGAGGGGAGGGUUACGGUAUAGAAAAGCCAGAGAUAGACUUUUCUCAGAGGCACACAAAAGACAAAAAGGCAACAGUUAAGUUGCCGCAGGGGAAUCUCAAUUAGACAUAAGUGGGAAAAAAAAAAGACAGUGGUUUGCAAAGAAAGUGGUUAAGAGUGAGUGGGAUAACACUGCAGUUAGCCCUGCUUUGAGCAUUAGGUUGGACCAGAUACCCAGAGCCCUCAUCCAAUGCAAGUUUUUUUAUGAAUCUGUGCUGGUUGCUUAGAAGGGUAAAAGCCUGAAAGCUGCUGCUACAACUGAGAAUAUUAUUUGGGACCAGAAUAACCUGAACUGCCCAGGUUAUCCCAGUGUAAAACACCAAACAUCGGAAAGAUGUGUCCAGCCUCUGCCAGUUACUAGAAGUAGUCUCUGUAAAGCAUAUUUCUGGACUUUCCUCCCUUCCCUUGUCCUCCCACACCCAGAUCCAUGCACACAAGUGAAACGUGCCUGCACAGUUAUGUCAAAUAUCAGAGAAUCACAUCCUGGAAAGCCAAGGUGGUGCUGUCGUAGCAGUUCUGGGGUUAACUUUCCUGCUUGAACAGAUGAGAAACAAUUUGCUCCAGGAAAAAAAAAAUAGAUGAUGGUAUCAAAUUGAAUGACUCAGGCAGCUUCCAGCAUGAAUGUACUUGACUUUUACCUCUGUGUAGCAACAUGCAAGCCUCAACAGAAUGAACUCUGUUUACUCAGCGUUCAGAUAGGUUUUUAUUCCAGGAAAGGAAAAAUUUCUCAUGUUCACAGUUCUGCGUGUGUACUGGCAGGAAGUGAGAGGGGAUCGCUCUUUUUGUGGGAUCUGUGGUAUCAUCUGUACUACUGUUUCAGUUAUUUUUUCACAAGGGUUUGGACUGGAAAAAAAGUAAUUUUUUUCCAAUGUAACUAGCAUGAGCACGGUCAUAACUCCUUAGCUCAACUCUGUUGGGUAAAGUAACACAUUCCAUUUUCUAUUUUUUCAUAAAAUACAUUUUAGAGUAUUGUUUUUUAAAAGUUCUCAUUUCAUUAAAAUACACAGUAUCGCAGUAUACAUUAGCCUAUACAUUAGGCUCAUCCUCAAUUUUUUACAAAAAUAUGCAAUAUAUACAGUUUAUUAAAUUCAAGAUAUAUAGUAUGUCUGUAUAUUCCUGUGUACAGCUGGUACUUGUUUGAAUAUAGCUAUUUCUAUCACACCAAGCACAAUGCACUCAAGAAGCAUGACUGAAAUUCCUGAGUAAGAAAAUGUUAAAGAUGAUAACAAUGUUGGACUACCAGGCAUUUCAAUAAUUUCAAAGUUAUGCAAAGAGUUACAACCUACUCUAGACCGCCACACCAUUUUACAGAUAAAGUGCUAUCCGAGUGCAGCGCACAGGUAGCCCAGACUUUUCAAGGGGGUAGGCCUUUCUUUCCCCAUUUCCCCAUGAUGUACAGCACUCUUUUUUUAGAUUUGGAAAGAAAUGCUGCUGAAGGCUACGGGCAGUCUGACCUUCAGCUCCGUGAUCCCCCUUGCCCCGAAGUUUGACUUUCAGAUGAUUUUGCGGAGAUGGAAGGAACUGCCGUCAAGAGCAAUUCUGGCAAACCUCCACAGUUCAGAGCCCAGCAAUUCACCAGCAUGCAGAACACACCAAGGUGUGUGCCUACAAUUUCAGUAAGUAAAUACUUAGCCUGUGGCAAGCAUGACUAAACUUUGAUGACAUUUCAGUCUGGUGAUUGGUUUAUAAAAGUUCCUUAUUCCCGCACUUGAGCUCAUAUAACAUGAUGAAAUGCUAAUUACAUUGGUGUGGGGAACUGCUUAAAGGUCAUCGGGUUUUGAAAAAUGUGUUUGGGAAAUGGAUAGAUAAAAAAUUCCUGGACACUAAUGGCAGAGAUGCCUUUCUACCUUCUACCUUGAUUCCUGGUUUUUGUUUUUGUUUUGUUUUUUUUUCCCCUGUGUUUCUUCUCAGUUCUGUAAUCCCCUAUACUGGACUAACUAGCUAAUUUUCAAAGUUAGACAUCUACAGUUUUAAUACAUCUGCUGCAAAUUCAGUCCUUGAAUAAUGAAGUAUACUAGCUCAGCUGAACCAAAAGCCUGUGCCCAACAAAUCUGACGGAGGCAUACAUAAGCCCAGCUCCUUGAUUAGAUUUUGUCCCGUUUGCCUCGUAUAACUGAGUGGUUUUAUUUAAAAAAUACAUUAAUUUCAACCAGAACUUGCACUUUUUUUGUGCUGACAGGUGAUUUGCUUCCACCUUUUCCCAAGGCACAGGUGAUUGUUGGGCAAAUUUCUGUUUCUGUGGGCAGAAAUAUUCUUUCCUGCAAACAGGUAGUUUUCACAUUGGUGGAUGUUGUUAAAUAGCAUCAUGCUAAAUCACACGAAAUUUGGGUUGUUUCUGGAGGUGAGCUUUCAAAAGGAGGUUGUGGCCUGAAUUCUGAUCAGAUAUAGUGAUGUGUGAGUGCCAAGCCACACACAGGCACCCGCGGCAAGGGAUGGGAGCCAGGGAAGGACAGGAGGGAAGGUGGCACCCACCUGCGGCCGGCGGUGAAGUGUUCACCACCAGCAACAGGCUCAGUUGAAUUUUUUAUACAGCAGAGGAGUGUGAAUGGCACCUGCCUACCUCCAGGCAGGUGUUCGCAUGCAAGUGCAGCAUUUGCAGCCACGGCCCGACUUGCCUGGCAGAGAUGGCUUUUGAUGCCGAGCCCAGGCGCCUGCUAGCCAGGAGGUCCAGCGUGCACAGGCACAUAGAUCAGUCACACCACCCCAUGCUGAGGACAGUAAGAGCAGAUUCUCAGGGUUUUUUUUACAGCUUUGCGGCACACCCCCAGCGGCCAGAACAUAUGACUCCUGCCAGUCUGAAAGUCCAAAGCAGACUGGCACUUUGGCCCCAUAGGCUGGGCUCGCCUCCCUGGGUCAGGGCGCCGCCAUGGCCCCCAGCGCCAUGGCUUCUACAUCUCUCGGGGCAUGAAGGCGGAUGCGCUCCCUCAGUGUGCCCAGGAAUCUCAUUUUCUUUCCCUGUCCCAGACGACGUCCUGCCAUGAACACCCCGAAAAAUGCCACUCUCUGUGCUGCGCCCAAAGACAGGCCCCCAAAGCAGAUGCCACCCCCAUAGGUAAGUGUUUUACGUUUUUACAGUGAGAUUCCUUAUAUUCUUCAGCUCUGAGUGACUAGCAAGCUAAAAAAAAAAAAAGGAAAAAAGAAAAAGAAAAAGACAAAAGCACUUAGCAUAGCAAGCAAGCCCCAGAGGAGGGACUCGGCUUGACGAAUUUAUGGGGCAAAGCUAUAUUGCCAGGCACAGAUCCUUUGGGAAUUAGUGCCUAGAAAAGGACCAUUUUCAUGUUUGUUUGCUUCAUAAUUAAUUCCAAACCUGAGAGUGACCACAGCUGCCAAGAACAAACAAUCGCUUAUGUUUAAUUUAGAGAGACUCAAAUGUUUUUCGGCUAAGUUAAAAUAAACUAAAGCCAAACCGGGGAUUUUGGAAACCUCUAAAAAGAAGGGGAACUCUGGCAUGUUUAAACAAUUACUUCCUCAUGAGACAUGCCCAAGAGGAAGAGAGAUGCUCUUCAGUCAUGGAGCUGCUUUCCUAACAUGAGGGGGAUCACACUCUCUUCCCUCUGCUUAUUGAUACACCUGCUUCAGGAGGAGACAAUUACAAUUUUAGUUUUGGAAAAUCAAGACCUGCAAGAGUCGAUUAAACCACAGAAGGUCGAGUUUCAUUCGUUAAACUUCAACAACACUUUGCGCUGGCUGCCUGGGAGAGCCAGCAAGGCACAAGACACUGUCUACUUUGUGCAGUAUAAAGUGUACGGGCAGAGCACAUGGCAGAACAAAGGAGACUGCUGGGGAAUUCAUAACCAUUUUUGUGACCUAACAAAUGAGACUUCUAACGUCCAAGAGCCUUACUAUGGCAGAGUAAAAGCUGCUUCAGCUGGAGUUUUUUCCGACUGGAAUCUCAGCUGCAGAUUCACUCCAUGGCGAGAAACUAUGAUAGGACCUCCUUCGGUAAAUAUGGUUCACAGAAACAAAUCCAUAAUUCUAAAGCUCCAGGCUCCACGUUCUCCUUAUAAAAGGAAGAGAGGCAGCAACAUACCAAUGACAAGUUAUUAUGAUCUGCUAUAUCAGGUCUUCAUAAUUAACAACCUGCUAGACGAGAAACAUAGCACCCUGGUGUAUGAAGGAGCAGACAAGAUUAUUAAAAUAAAAGAUUUGAGGCCUGGCGUCAGCUACUGCAUCAUGGCAAAAACUUACGUGCCGAUGCUGGACCGCAGCAGCGCGUACAGCAGCCGGCAGUGCACAGUGCUGCUGUGA